AUGUUACACAACAUCCCUUUCUUGAGACACCUGAUAACGCUGAGGCUUGCUUCCAAGUAUUCGACUGGCCCUCUCAGACAGACUUUGACGCGAGAAUUCGGGCAAGAACAUCUUUUCGGCAACUAUGGAGAACGGAGCUCGUAUCUUAACACAAAGGUCGCCGUGACCGCGACGGACAAAACCGGGUCUAAAGCGAUCGUUAUUGCGAACUACAGCCGGCCGGAGGGCGACAAGAAAAGACUACGCCCCGCAGAGUAUGAGUUUCUGCGACCAGAUCGGCCAAAGUUCGGCUUCUCUAUCGCAGACGCGGCAGCUGCCACAUCGGCUGCCCCCAGCUUUUUCAAGCCGUUCGAGCACGCUCAUACCUAUCGCACAUACUUAGACGGCGCGCUUUACCACAACAAUCCCGUCCGGCUCAUGAACCAUGAGAGAAAGCUGCUCUGGCCCGAUGUAGCUGGUCAAGACCCCGAUCUCUUCCUCUCCAUAGGCACAAGUCAAAACAAGGCGGACGUGCAAGCCGGCCAGCCCGACUCGACAGCAAUGGCUUCUGAGUUAAAGUAA